CCUACUGUUGCAGUUUGAUUUUCGAAGACAUCAUACAGUAUCAAAAUGGCGUCCCCACGAUACGUGAUACUAGUAUUUUUGGUGGCCGCUCUGGGUUAUAGUUCUGCUCAAGAGUCAGAAGACCCGAUCGUGACAAAAUUAAAGAUUAACAUAAUUGUAUGCAAGAACGAGAAUCCAAAGUGCAUGCAAACUUGUAUUUUCCAAAAAAUGGGAAUAAUAAAUGAUAAAGGGCGCUAUAUAGAGAAAAAAGCAGUAGACUGGAUGAAAAUUGCUGUUAAGAAAGGAACCCUCGACCAAAAUCAAGCUAGCAACAUUACUAAAGCAUGCAACCGAUUAAAUAAUAAAAUAGUUGAUGGUUGCAAACGCGGUGACGAAGUGCAAGAGUGCUUAAAUAAAGAAAUCUCAAAGUUUGGUGUCGCCAGCCCAGCUAGUGUACGCACGAAAAUGAAUGAAAGAAUGAAACUUAAAAGAGCGGGGGUGAAAGUUUAAUACGAGUAUUGAAAUCAUUUCGUAUUUUGCAUAUAAAAUAAACAUUAUAAUAACCUAACCACAAAAUUAAAAUUUUGAAAAAACCCCGACCGCGAGAUAGCGGAGCGAUUUUCAUGAAACAUGGCUAGAAUACUCCCGACUAAUUCAGCUUUCAAACAAAAAAAAAAUCUAAAUCGGUUCAUCCGUUUGGGAGCUACGAUGCCACAGCCAGACACGUCAAACUUAUAACACACCGUCGUUUUUGCAUCGAGGGUUGAAAAAAUGGACGAGCCAGACCAACAACUUAAACAUAUA